UCAAUCCUAGCCGCUUCGGUCUUGGAGGCUCAGAGAGCCACGCGGCGAGACCGGGGAAGUGUCUGCUUUGCCUCUUGGCGGCUCUCCCCGCAUCCCCCGGGCCGCUGCCCUUCGCACCUGGGAUCUGCAUCUCCUCUCCAGGACUCGAGAGCCUCCAUUCACUCCUCCUAGCGCUCCAGACGCGUUACCCACGAUCCAAGCGCCCCAGCCCUGGGAUUCCAGGACCCAGGCAUCCCGGAUCCCCACCACCCGAAGAAGCCAGGCAUCCCGGAUCUACGCCACCUGAAUUGAGCUUCCUGCAGACUCCACCACCUGGGCGCCCUGCAAGCUUCCCGGAGCCCCAAAAUUCCCACGCCCCGCCCCGAGAAAAAAAAAAGCCUAGGCUCUCUCAACUCCCAGCUUUCAGGGAUCCGCCACCGCCGGGGAAGAACACAGCCUCCUAGAUCCGGGGACGCGCAACUAACUCCAAGUCCCCGCCCCACCCCCACCCCAGCUCCAGCCUCAACUCUCAGCCCUCAGAUCCUUCCAUCCCUGGGAGGGAACCCCGAGCGCGUCCAAGCCUCUAGGAGCUAAAGGAACCGAUUGAAGCUCAUCAUGGUAGUCGAUCCCCCUAAGGCCGACAUCAAGGGGUUGGUGACCGUGAAUCCCACCGCCAGUGGUGGCCCGGAGCUGGGUACUGGAGAGGACACAAGCGCGACAGCAUCCGGCUGCUGUGGUUCCUGGGACCAGGUGCGCCGCUGCCUCCGAGCCAACCUGCUGGUGCUCCUUACGGUGGUAGCGGUGGUGACCGGCGUGGGGCUGGGCCUGGGGGUCUCCGCGGCCGGUGGCACUGUGAACUUGGCGGCCUUCGCCUUCCCCGGCGAGCUGCUGCUACGCCUGCUGAAGAUGAUCAUCUUGCCGCUCGUGGUGUGCAGCCUGAUCGGAGGGGCAGCCAGCCUGGACCCCAGUGCGCUCGGUCGCGUGGGGGCCUGGGCGCUGCUCUUUUUCCUGGUCACCACGAUACUCGCGUCCGCGCUGGGCGUGGGCUUGGCUUUGGUGCUGCAGCCGGGCACCGCCGUCAGCACCGCCGUCAACUCCUCGGUCGAUGCCACCGGUGUUCCCAAUGCCCCCACCAAGGAGGUGCUGGAUUCUUUUCUGGAUCUUCUGAGGAAUAUCUUUCCCUCCAGUCUGGUGUCUGCUACAUUCCGUUCUUAUGCUACAUCUUACGAACACAUAGGGAUCAACGCUACAGCCUGGAAGCCUCCUGUUGGCUGUGCACAGAGAAAUAUCAACGCAACCACAGUGCAGCUGGGCUGUGAGGUGGAGGGCAUGAACAUCCUGGGUCUGGUGGUAUUUGCCAUCAUUUUCGGCGUGGCCCUGAGGAAGCUGGGGCCUGAUGGUGAAUUGCUUAUCUGUUUCUUCAACUCCUUCAAUGAUGCCACCAUGGUUCUGGUCUCCUGGAUUAUGUGGUACGCUCCCGUGGGCAUCUUGUUCCUGGUGGCCAGCCAGAUCCUGGAAAUGGAAGAUGUGGGCCAGCUCUUCAUUGACCUUGGCAAAUACAUCCUGUGUUGCCUGCUGGGCCACGCCAUCCACGGGCUCCUGGUUCUUCCCCUCCUCUACUUUGUCUUUACCCGCAAGAACCCCUAUCCCUUCCUGUGGGGCAUCAUGACGCCGCUGGCCACAGCCUUUGGGACCUCUUCUAGCUCUGCCACGUUGCCCCUGAUGAUGAAGUGCGUGGAAGAAAAUAACGGUGUGGCCAAACACAUCAGCCGCUUCAUCCUGCCCAUCGGAGCCACGGUCAACAUGGAUGGCGCGGCCUUAUUCCAGUGCGUGGCAGCUGUGUUUAUAGCACAGCGCAAUGGACUGCCCCUGGACUUCGUGAAGAUCAUCACCAUCCUGGUCACAGCCACUGCAUCCAGCGUGGGGGCAGCAGGUAUCCCUGCAGGGGGUGUCCUUACUCUGGCCAUCAUCCUGGAAGCAGUCAGCCUCCCUGUCAAGGACAUCUCCUUGAUCUUGGCGGUGGACUGGCUAGUGGACCGGUCCUGUACUGUCCUCAACGUCGAAGGUGAUGCUUUUGGGGCAGGACUACUUCAGAAUUACGUGGAUCGUACGAAGUUGCAGAACUCAGAGCCCGAGUUGAUCCAGGUGAAGAGUGAGGUGCCCCUGAAUCCACUGCCCGCCACCAUCGAGGAGGGGAACCCCCUCCUCAAACAGUAUCGGGGACCUGCUGGAGAUGCCACCUCCUGUGAGAAAGAGUCUGUCAUGUGAAUUCCAGGAGGGACCUUUCAUUCCCUACUGGGGUCCCAUUGGAAGUAGGGAUCACAGGGCUGGAAAACCAGACCAACAUGGGCUCCAGAAGCAGACUGCUUCCACACUGGGGAGCCAGGGGUUCCUGUCUCCUUCCUGGACAGGAUAUUAAUUUAAGAGCCUUGUUCCUGGGGUGUGCAUAUUUACAAAUGUGUCCACAAAUCUCCCAUCCUCAACUCCUCUUUCCCUCUCAAGAAGAUAGUAUUCCCACCAUCCCAGAGCCACCCAGCCUUACCCAAAUCAGGACACAGUACCAUGUAGCGUUCUCUACCCUUUGAGAUGUGAUGGUAUUUUGAUGGUGAUAGCGGUGUGUGUGUGUGUGUGUGUGUGUGUGUGUGUGCGCGCGCGCGCGC